GCUUUUGUGAAAUACACACUUUUAAGUGCACAAAAGCAUGGAAAUGCAAAUAAACCCCUGGGCAUUUCGUGUUUUUUCUUGUAAAACAUUGUGCACGUAGUAAACUGACUGACCUGUAUUGCGUCACAAAUAAAAGUGUAAACAAUUCCAUUUGCUCUGUCAUGUGCGCUCUUUUAGUUCGUCAUGCAGUAUGUGCACUAGAUAAUGAUUGACAAAAGCAGCUUUCUAUAACUUACAAUGAAGACCUAAGAAGAAAGAUAACUUAAAUAUUUAGUAAACAAUUAUAUAGCUUAUCAAGAAAUCUAACCAUAUUUUUAACUUUUUUUAAACAAAUUAUUGUUUUCAAUCCAUUUCAUUGAACUUCCCACUUGUCAUGUCGAGGUUGUCAUUUAUCUAAAUCGACAUCAUCCGUUUCUUUACACAGACAGGCGCUGUUAUGACGCAACUCAAAGGCACGUAAUGUGCACGCAAUUUUCCUGCGUAAAAACAGCACGUCUGUUUGAAUAUUUAAGAUGUUCUGAUUCUCGGUUAGCGCGGAAUUGUUCAAUAUCAUGAACGCUGAUGGAGGAAAGCAGCUCGCGCUCGGCGCAACUUCAGAUCUGGACGAGACUGCGUGCCCGUGUGAAUCACGGCACACAUCAAAAGAUGAGACAUUAUCACCUUUAUCAAAGAGCCAUGAUGAAACUGACAGACGAAGAGACAAAUCCCUACCUGUGUAUCUGGACAAGUCAUCCACACGCACAGAAUGUCAUGAACGUGUGAAGAGGGUCCAGUUUGCAGACACGUUGGGACUGACCUUGACAAGUGUGAGACACUUUGACACAUCCGAUGUUACGAAUGAAACACGCAAUGUAUCCGGAGUCCAGAAUCUCCUUUCUCCUUCCACGCCAGCCCCUAACUUCGCACGUUUAGAACCAGCAUUCAACGUGCCCAUCUGUUCGGAUGAAGUCGAUCUGAAGUCAAUGCGUCUGGGGGUUGCGUUGGAGAGCGUCACAACUGGAUCCGACGUUAAAGGUCUUAUCAGAGUGAUGCGCAGCAACGCAACAAAAGAAGUUGGGGUCUUAUACACUUUCAAUAACUGGCUGACAUUUUCGGAUUUACAUGCUGCACCCAUAAUGGAUAAAGAACGUUUGCUACAAUGGGAAAGAUUCCACUUUGUUUUACGCGUACCACCCUCCUUUGACAAAGAUGAUUCAGUGCAUUUCGCCGUGUUUUGUCGAACUGAUCAUGGAGAAUACUGGGACAAUAACAAUGGACAGAACUACACAUUAAGAAUUCAGAUUACUUGAGGCAUUUUUAUGGAGCAAUGACCAAUAAAGUUCAGUAAACUGAAUAUAAAUUGAAUCUA